ACAGAGCAGAUCAAAACUCUUCUUGAAGAGAAACUCCAGCCUUACAAAAUGGAGAUCGCCAAGGAUGCUGCAAAGGCAGUGAUGUUGGUGUCCCAAUUUGAGGCCUCCAUUCACACUCCUGCCAUGGCUCUUAUUCGCUGUGCUGAAGAUGUGAUCCACACAGUAUCCGAGAUCCUGCUGUUUGAGGGUCAGACCAGGGAGCGCUGGGUGUUGGAUCUGGAGAGGCUGAAGGAGAAACUCCACUCUGCUGUGCACUUCAUUCUCCGAACCCUCAGGGCAGUUUCCAGCUACCAUCACUACUACAGCAAGGCCAACAACUGGUACAGGCUGGUCCUCUGUGAGAACUUCCUCCAGGAACUUCUGUCAGGGGUUAACGGAGAAGACGUUCCCAAACAGGGCCGGAACUGGGGGAAGAUCCCUGCGUGGAGGUACAAAAUGUCCGCGUUUCUGAAGAAGAAUCCCCCUCCAGAUAUGGAGGAGCUGGUUCAUCUGGCUCAUCUGUCUCACGCCAUCCUAGAUGGCGAUGUCCAGGAGGCGGGCAAGCAAAUGUCUCAGCGGUGCAUGACUUUGAGGAAACUUGUAAUUUCUUCGGGACCUGUGGCUGUCGGUCACCUCCAGCUGGCCUUACAGUGGCAGUAUGAGUUGUUGAGGAGCAGCCAUGUCAAUCAUUCCUCUGCUGGCAGUGCUACAAACGGAACAGCUAAGGAUGUUCAAGACCUCGCUAAAUGUGAAAGUGCUAAGGAAGCUGCCGAUCCUCUCGGAACGUCUCCAUCGACUGCGUUUACUGGGAUGGUGUCGGCUGAGGGCAAACCGCCCUCCUUCAGCUCAUUCGACUCAGGCUUCGAUGGAGCUGGGGGCAGCCAGCUGGAGGCCUGGGGAGGGAGGGAAGGAGCGGAAGGUCCUCUGUCCAGAUUGGCUGGGACCAGGGACUCUGUAAGGCCUGCCACGAGCCAGCCUCAAAUGGCCAAUAUCUCAGAUUGUGAAGAUCACAGAGAGGAGUUUGGCUCUGUGGGAAACUCCUCCAGGGCUAGCAUCCAGCAUAACCCUAAAGUAACCGUGGAUUCUCUAAAUUUAGAGAUCAAAGUGAAGCGUUCAGCCGCGCUACCCAAUAAUCCUUGGCUUAGCUUGCCGGUAGACGAUCUGGAAAACUCGUACACUGUUACCAUCACGCAGAACCAAACGCCGCAAAAGAGAGACGUACAAUUCCACGACCCCUCUGACCCCAACCAGUCCAGCUGGUCUCGAGAUCAGCCCACACAGACGGAAGUGCUGAGCAGCACACAGCCAAGAGGGCCACGGACACUACAUAAACAAAGCACUUUGGAGGAUCCUCAACUAAGUCCCAUUUGCAACAUCCUCUCCAGCACUAUUACAGAUGAAAGAGACAAGUCCAUCUGCACCACAGAGGAGAUUCCCACUCUUCUCUGGGAUUCUUAUGACCUCCAUGACCAGAAUCCGGAUGCUGUCGAUGGUGUGAUCGAUAUUUCCCUAAAUGACUGGGAUGUGAAAGAGCAGGAGGAUUUGAGGGAAGUGGAAAACAUCCUGGACAGAGCUGAUAAAAUACUAGAGAAAGAAGAAACUGUUCUGGCUCAGGAGGCUGUGCUGGAUGCCCUGCUGAGGUCUGAGGACCAGCGGAAUCAGUGGCCGCUGUGGGACAGUGAGGACCAUCUCUGUGUGAUGUCCUCUAGUGAGCUGGCUGAAGCCGGUGUUCUCGGCCUCGAGGAUUACCUUGACCCUGCAGAAUCUGACAACCUCAGUGAGCCCAGAUCACUUGGAUCUGCGAGUGAACCUAAGGCUUCUGAAGAGGACGGGCACUGCGCUGAAGCUGCCACAGGAGCAGAAACGGUAGCGUUUGACAGCUGGCCGGACCUGCUGACGGAGCUAAGAAAAGUCCAUGUCCUGGAUGAGCUGAUCAUGGAGGAGAACCUGAAGAUCCACCAGCUCCGACGCUGCGAAGAAAACCCAGAAGAAGCACUCUCUGUGAGCAAACCUCCGGAUACGAACGGACCGUCGAGUAUGAGCAAGGAGAGGGAGGCUUUUCGGUUACAACUGGAAAAGGAGAAAAGGGAGGUGGAGAAGCUUGAGGAGAGUUUGAACAAAGAGCGUAAAGUGAAGAAGCACAAGGACGCAGCUAAAAAGGUUGUAAAAUGUUCAAUAAUGGAGAGGGCUAGAAGUGAGAAUAAGAAGGACCAAGCUCUCUGCGAUGAGCUUUUAUCAGGUAGUCAUAACCGAUCACAGAGAACACACUCAACAUCUUUGGUCCUGAAUGAUUCUCAGGCUCAGGAUACCUGUAAAACUGAACAUAUAAAAGUAUUGGGUCCUGAUACCAAAGAGGCUACGCCACAAGACUUGGUUCAACUUCCAGAUUCCCCAUGUCAAGGUGAUUUCUCUGGAGCUGAGCCAUCGGUGUUUAACAGAACUACCUUUAAUAUUGCCUCUGAUUUAAAGGAUCCUCCUGAAGAGUUGGGGAUCCAACCUCAGGGAUUCAUCCAUGGGAAAAAAUUGGACGAAUCUGGUGAAAAUGCUUCUUCUUUAACCUCUGAAAUGAGGCCAGAAGACGGAGUCUUUGACCCAGGCAGAAAAUCGCACCUUCCUCCUGCGCUCACGCCAAGAAAGGCUUCACUUCCUGUGAAUGACCACCUCGCUGAACACAAGCCUCCUGAUGCCGCACAGCUGCAGGAUCCAGCUCGGCCCUCAGUUGCUCAAGAUCUGGGUUUUGUGCAACAUGAUCUUCGAGAUAAACCGCUUGACGUGCUGCCCGAGAAUGGGAAUGCAGCUGUCAGUCACACCGUGGUUGUCAAUCCAAAUGUGAAGGAACACAGCAGCAACAACAACAACAACCAUGCACUUACCGAGAAAUACAAUGAAAUAAGCACUAAAGAUGAAGAUGAUACACCUGUGGUAGCUGCUGGUUUGCUACAGACACAUUUACACCCGGCAAAGGGAGUCCAGACUGCAUCACCUGCAGAUGAGCGCCCACAUCAGCAGGCAGCACCCCAGCCGUGUCCUGACCAGCCUCUGGAGUUUGACCCCGGGGGCAGAGAUGAGCAGAAUGAAGACUUGCCUGAUGGGGUUCAGAGCUCUGAGGCCAUGAGGAUAUCUGGCUCUGGGUCACCUGGGAUUCAGGCCCAGCUUAACAUCAACAUGAGAGAGAUGACAGAUUUCAAGACCCCCAUAGUACUGGAUACGGGCUCUGGUUUGAUGAAAGCAGGAUUUGCAGAUCAAGACCUCCCAAACGUUAUAUUCCCAACAAUUAUCGGGAUGCCAAAAUACGAGGAAAUAAUGAAUGGUAACCUUGAAAGGGAGACCUACAUUGGACAUGAGGCUCAACACAUGAGAGGGGUCCUGGCUCUGAAGCAUCCCAUAAAGAACGGGAUCAUUCGUAACUGGGACGAAAUGGAAAAGAUUUGGCAUCACACGUUCCAGCAGCUGUGCGUGGAUCCAGACGAUCACCCUGUUCUGCUGACCGAGGCAGCCAUGAACCCCUUGGCGAACCGCCAGCGCAUGGUGGAGAUCAUGUUUGAGUGUUUCAAUGUUCCCUUCACCUACGUGGCCAUGCAGGCAGUGCUGGCUCUUUACGCAGCAGGGAGAUCCACUGGUGUGGUGUUUGACUCCGGAGACGGAGUGAGCCACAGUGUGCCGGUGUUUGAGGGAUACAGUCUACCUCAUGCAGUGCAGCGCUUCCCUCUGGCUGGUGUUGAUGUUACAAUGCAUCUCAAAAAGCUUCUGCAGGAACAAGGGGUGUGCAUGCGCACCACGGCGGAGAUGGAGAUAGUGAGGGAGAUGAAGGAGAAGUGCUGCUGCGUGGCUGUCGACCACGAAGCCGAGCUGAGUCCUGGGGGGGCGUCCUGCAGAGAGAUGCAUUACACCAUGCCAGACGGGCAGAUUGUCACACUCGGCAUGGAGAGGUUCAGGGCCCCUGAGAUUCUCUUUAAACCCGAGCUGAUUGGACGGGACCAUUACGGGAUGCACGAGAGCGUCUUCAAGUCAAUCCUCAGCUCUGACAUUGACCUGCGACGCUGCUUCCUGGGAAAUAUCGUUCUGUCAGGUGGGAACACUCUGCUGCCUGGCCUGCCUGAGCGGCUCCAGGCUGAAAUCAAAGCCCUGCUCCCCACCACCAUGGGCGAGAACGUUCGCGUCACCAGCCCAAAGGACCGGGACUUCUCAGUGUGGAGGGGAGGAGCCGUGCUAGCCAAGCUGGCCACCUUCAGCUCGGCUUGGAUCAGUCGGGAGGAGUACGAAGAGCACGGGCCGCAGAUAGUCUUCAGGAAGUGCUUCUGAGACGGGACCAUUGUAAGGCAUGCACACUGGACGCGUGUGUAAUGCACCACUUAAUUUAAUUUCCACAAGUGCAAUAUACAUCCAGCUCUAAUACAGUGCCAUGGGUUGGGAUGAGCCAUUAUAAAUCUUGUCUUAUGUCUUGGCUUUUCUGUGGAGUCAGUUUCACCCUCGUCAUCAGUGUGGAUCCUGAGUUGUGUGCUCUUAAUAGACACCAGUGGGUUCUUGUUGACCUGCUGCCCACUUUAUGCCUCAUCUACUGAGGUCCACCAACAUGGCAUAGAUGAAACAGGGUGUUUGUCAUAAAAUUCCUGUCAGUCAAUGUAAUUGUCCCUCAAGAACCUUUUUAACUGUGUCUUAAGUUUUCCAUUUUUGUUAUUAUCCCUCAAGAAUCUUUAACUGUGUCUUAAGUUUUCCAUUUUUGGGGAAUGUAUUUCUGUGUCUCAAGAAUUUAAGCGCAAGUAUAUUAAUGUUUGUGGACAAGGGACUAGAAUUGAAGCUGGCCUUUGAUCAAUGUCUGCCAACUUUGUUUCCAGGUUAAGCAAUUGAGGGACAUGAAGAGAACUCAAUGUGCUGACUCCAGAUAUAUAAAUAUAGUAAUCUAAUAUCACAUUAUGGUGUGUAUGUAUACCACAAUUUUAAGUAUACUUGGUAUAAGAAAUAAUCUUUGUGUUAGACAUGGUGAAAGUUGCAUUUUAUUUUGAAAUUUGAAUCAGUUCAGCUGUGCAGUGUUCACAACUGUUUUGUUUUUUUGUUUUUUUUAUAAUGGCAGCGUGAAAUUAUCUUUAUGAUUGAUUAUUAGGGCCACUGUUAAGAAAAGAAAUAGUUGGUGUCAUAACAUUCCAACUUUUUUCUCUAAGUCUUUACAUAUCCUGUUUAAACUUUUUUCCUCGUGUAAUUUUUUUUGUCAUAACAUUACAAUUUCUUUUCAUAAAAUAUUUUUUGAAUUUGCAUUGUCAAUUUGGACUUUUGGCCAAGAAUUCUAUUACAAUUGUUUUUGUCAUAACAUUUUAUAUGCAAUAAUGAUGGCAAAAUGUCAACUUUAUUCUCCAAAUUAAGCACUAAAUGUGGAGACCAGCAAUUUACCUUAAAUGAAUGUGCAAUGUUUUGACACUAAAUGUAUAGGUUAGGACUAAGAAACUCCAUUCUAACUGGAGUAUUUGCCAGAAGAUAAUUGUUUAUGAAUGUUUAUUGCUGCAGUAAUGUGAACUGGAGAGGAGAACUUGAAUUUGUGGGACAAGUUUGCAUUCUAGAAAGUCUAAUGGUUAUUUUCGCACAUGUGGAUCCUCCACUUAAGUCAACUUUUGGUUCAUGAAGCUCUGUAUGGAGCUGGUAAUGAUGAAGUCCAUGGAGAGUACAAUAUUACAGUAUUGGUCUGGUAAUUCCUAUCACUUGAUUUUCAUCUGUUGAAUAAGCAGAGGAUGUUAAAUGCUACUGCUGCAGGUACAGUGUUUUGUGUAUUGUCUGAAGUUGGUAUUUUCUAUUGGAGUGUAGUGUAUUGCCUGUAAUUUCUUUGCUUUCUCAAAUUGUUGCUGUGUGGAUUUUUAACACUUGCACAGCAGUGUUGAUUUCUGUGAAAGGUGUUCCAGUGGUGCCAAAACUGCUGCAUUGAUCUCAAUACCAUGGAUUCUGUAAAAAAAAAAAAAAAAAAAACUCUUUGCCAACCCUGUAUAUUUAUUUUAUUAUUAUCUACUUUUUGAGUGUUUUUUCUUUUGCAUGCAGUUAUUUUUGCAUGCAGUUAUUUAUGCUCUUUGUUGCACUUUUUUUUGCAUGUCUUGUCUGCAUGUUUUUUUGUAAACUGUCUAUCUUUUAAAGUCAUGGGGUUGUCAUGUGACCUAAAGUCAAGCUCUAAGUGGAAAUCGGCAUGAAAUGUGACUGGGAUCUUCUAUAUCUGUCCUAACAUAAGACACCGACUGAACUGCAGUCCUACUGGCUGUAGUUUGAACAGGCUGUUUAUUUUUUUGUCGGUCGGUUUCCUCCUACUCUAAAUGUACUGUAACAGUCUGGACUGAUUGUAGCAAUUUUUCACCCAUUAUGUAUGUUUUUAUAAUAAAUAUUCCAAUCAUAA